AUGAAGAGUCAUGAUUGCCAUGUAUUCAUGCAAAGACUUAUUCCUAUUGCAUUUGCGGAGCUAUUGAAAUCCAAUGUCCACGGAGUGUUAUGCGGUAUCAUCACAUUCUUCCGAGAUAUAUGUGCAAGAUCUUUGAGAAGAAGUAACCUAGAGGUUUUGAAAGGCAACAUUCCUGAGAUACUUUGCGCAUUGGAAAAGACGAAGAAAAGGAGGGCUAUCAACGAAGACGAUAGAAGUUAUCUCUACCACUAUGAUUCAUGUUUCGGACUUAUUCCCGAAAGUUUUCAGCCUACUGGACGCCUCGGAGGCAAAUCUGAAGAAUAUUGGUUAACUGUACAAGAGUACAAUCACAUCGCCACAUAUAUACUGUUGAAUUGUGAAGAACUUAAGCCAUACGAAAGACUUUUUGACGAGGAUGUUUUGGCAACAUAUCCUAACCUAAGUGGGGAGGAACUUGAAGGAAUGAAGGAACAACAUUAUGCAUCUUGGCUUCGAGACUACAUUCAGUCAUGCAGUGAUAGAAUUCCGGCAUGGAUCAGAGAUAUAUCACAUGGACCUGGAAGAAAAGUCAUUUGCUAGUCGAUAAUGUUC